CGGAAGUGGGAAGUGGUGGCGGAACGGCUGCUCCCUGGUCACGGCUAAAUUGACGGGCUCAUCCUAGUAGCGGUGGCCGUCGGGGCCUUGUCCUGUCUCCGUCUUGGAGGACCCGCCUCGGCACAGCCGGGCUCGGUCCAGCCUUGUGCUGAUUAAAAAUGACAGCAAUCAAGCAUGCGUUACAAAGAGAUAUUUUUACACCAAAUGAUGAACGCCUGCUGAGUAUUGUCAAUGUCUGCAAAGCAGGAAAAAAGAAAAAGAACUGUUUUCUGUGUGCCACAGUGACAACUGAACGCCCCGUGCAGGUGAAGAUGGUCAAAGUCAAGAAAUCCGACAAAGGAGAUUUCUACAAAAGGCAGAUUGCUUGGGCCCUUCGAGACCUUGCUGUGGUAGAUGCCAAGGAUGCUAUUAAAGAAAAUCCUGAAUUUGAUUUACAUUUUGAAAAAAUAUAUAAAUGGGUUGCCAGCAGCACUGCUGAAAAGAAUGCAUUUAUUUCAUGCAUUUGGAAAUUGAAUCAGCGAUAUCUCCGGAAGAAAAUUGAUUUUGUCAAUGUUAGCUCACAGCUCUUGGAAGAACUGCCUAAAGUUACAGAAGAAUCUGUUCCAAGUGGAGAAAAUCAGAGUGUGACAGGAGGUGAUGAAGAAGUAGUAGAUGUUUACCAAGAGUUAAAUGCAAGAGAAGAGCAGGAUAUUGAAAUAAUGAUGGAAGGCUGUGAAUGUGCAAUCUCUAAUGCUGAGGCCUUUGCAGAAAGGUUGUCCAGAGAGCUACAGGUGCUAGAUGGGGCUAACAUCCAAUCAAUCAUGGCCUCUGAAAAGCAAGUGAACAUCCUGAUGAAGUUGCUGGAUGAGGCUUUAAAGGAGGUAGAUCAGAUUGAAUUGAAACUGAGCAGUUAUGAGGAAAUGCUCCAAAGCGUAAAAGAACAAAUGGAUCAGAUCUCUGAAAGCAACCACCUAAUUCAUCUUAGUAACACUAAUAAUGUAAAACUCCUGUCUGAAAUAGAGUUUCUGGUGAACCACAUGGACUUAGCCAAAGGUCAUAUAAAGGCCCUUCAGGAAGGAGAUCUUGCUUCCUCCAGAGGCAUUGAGGCCUGCACCAAUGCCGCAGAUGCCCUUCUACAGUGCAUGAAUGUAGCUCUUCGACCAGGCCAUGACAUGCUUCUGGCAGUCAAACAGCAACAGCAGCGUUUCAGUGAUUUGCGAGAGCAUUUUGCCCGGAGACUGGCCAGUCACCUCAACAAUGUUUUUGUUCAACAGUUUACUCAGGCCCUCCUUCAACUCUAUAACAGGUCCUACUUUCUUUCGGUGCCUGGUCACGAUCAGAGUUCAACUCUUGCUCAGCACUCUGUUGAACUGGCUUUACCCAAUCAUCAUCCAUUUCAUAGAGACUUGCUUCGAUACGCCAAGUUGAUGGAGUGGCUGAAGAGUACAGAUUAUGGAAAAUAUGAGGGACUAACGAAGAAUUACAUGGAUUAUUUAUCACGACUGUAUGAGAGAGAAAUUAAAGAUUUCUUUGAAGUUGCAAAGAUCAAGAUGACUGGCACAACUAAAGAAAGCAAGAAGUUUGCUACACUGCCUCGAAAAGAAAGUGCUGUCAAACAGGAAACAGAGAGUCUUCAUGGAAGUUCUGGGAAAUUAACUGGAUCCACUUCUAGUCUAAAUAAACUCACUGUUCAGAGUUCAGGGAAUCGCAGAUCUCAGUCAUCUUCUUUGUUGGAUAUGGGAAACAUGUCUGCCUCUGAUCUCGACGUUGCUGACAGGACCAAAUUUGAUAAGAUCUUUGAACAGGUACUAAGUGAACUAGAGCCCUUGUGUCUGGCAGAACAGGACUUCAUAAGUAAAUUUUUCAAACUACAGCAACAUCAAAGUAUGCCUGGAACAAUGACUGAAGCAGAGGACAUAGAUGGAGGAACAUUAUCCCGGCAACAUAAUGCUGGCGCACCACUGCCAGUUUCAUCAGAAAAAGAUAUGAUCCGCCAAAUGAUGAUUAAAAUAUUUCGCUGCAUUGAGCCAGAACUGAACAACCUAAUUGCGUUAGGAGACAAAAUUGAUAGCUUUAACUCCCUUUACAUGCUUGUCAAAAUGAGUCAUCAUGUGUGGACUGCACAAAAUGUGGAUCCUGCUUCUUUCCUGAGUACUACAUUGGGAAAUGUUUUGGUGACUGUCAAAAGGAACUUUGACAAAUGCAUUAGUAAUCAAAUAAGGCAAAUGGAAGAAGUAAAGAUCUCAAAAAAGAGUAAAGUAGGAAUUCUUCCAUUUGUUGCUGAAUUUGAAGAAUUUGCUGGACUCGCAGAAUCAAUCUUUAAAAAUGCUGAGCGUCGUGGAGAUCUAGAUAAAGCAUAUACCAAACUUAUCAGAGGAGUAUUUGUUAAUGUGGAGAAAGUAGCAAAUGAAAGCCAGAAGACCCCCAGGGAUGUAGUUAUGAUGGAAAACUUUCACCAUAUUUUUGCAACACUGUCUCGUUUGAAAAUCUCAUGUCUAGAAGCUGAAAAAAAAGAAGCCAAACAAAAAUACACAGAUCACCUUCAGUCUUAUGUCAUUUACUCUUUAGGACAACCUCUUGAAAAGCUAAAUCAUUUCUUUGAAGGUGUUGAAGCUCGUGUGGCACAGGGUAUAAGAGAGGAGGAAGUAAGCUAUCAACUUGCAUUUAACAAACAAGAACUUCGAAAAGUCAUUAAAGAGUAUCCUGGAAAGGAAGUGAAAAAAGGUCUAGAUAACCUCUACAAAAAGGUUGAUAAACAUUUAUGCGAAGAGGAGAACUUACUUCAGGUGGUGUGGCACUCUAUGCAAGAUGAAUUUAUACGCCAGUAUAAGCACUUUGAAGGUUUGAUAGCUCGCUGUUAUCCUGGAUCUGGCGUUAUGAUGGAAUUCACCAUUCAGGACAUUCUAGAUUAUUGUUCCAGCAUUGCACAGUCCCACUAAAACAGAAGAGAUAGAUGAAAGAAGUGUCUACUAUUUUGUGUGUGUGUGUGUGUGUGUGUGUGUGUGUGUGUGUGUAUGGAAAGAAAAGAUUUAGGUGCUAGGUUGCCCCUGCUGCUUUAAGUCAACAGACUGGAUAGGAGGAGUGGGUAUAUGCAACUUCCCUUACCUGUGUAACUAAUAACAUGAGACUUCCCCUGUUACAGGUGGUCGCUUGGCCAUAUGUGCUAACAGGGGCAUGUGAAAGGAAAAACAGCAAAUUGAGUGUCCCAGAAAGUGAAAGAUAAAUGAAAAAAACACUGGGUACACCAGACACUAUUCAAAAUUAUCAAGUAACUGUCUUGAGAACCCAGACUUGAACUUUAUGUAUUAUUAAAUGUCAGGUAAAUGGGUAAUACCAUACUACAAAUAUUCAAGAACAAAAGUACCAAUUUAUGUAGCAGUUUUAUUUACCCAGUAGGUUGUAUACUAACUUAAAGCAUUUCUCUCAUCAUAAUAUGCCUUUAGCAUUCUUCUGUAACUGAACAGAAAGUUUUCUUUUAUUGCCUAGUUUCUUGUAUUUGAGAAUAGUUAUCCUGUGUGUAAUGCAUUGAAAGUUCUUCAGUUUACACCAAUUCACUAUUGCUUUCAAAUCAUGUAACUACUAAAAUAUUGUACAGAAUUUUUCCCUCUGUCUAACUAAUGUGUAUAUGGACAGGGAUCUUGUGAUGAUCAGUUGUAGACUUAGAUUUUGAGGAUUAUGUGACUCUGUGUAGCAAUGAAUCUGAAAUAAAGACAUUUUCAAAAAAAAAUUUUUCAGAAAAGUUAAAAUUUGGUAAUAUCAUUCUUAGAUCUGUUAUUUGCUAUUUUUUGUAUAAAAGCAAAUUCUUAUAAAAUCAGUAAACAAAAAUUACAUGUUCAUUUACCAUAAAACACUUAAGAGUAUAAUAAGAAAAAUAAAACCAUUUAUAAUAGCAUCAAAAAUAUUUAGUAUUUAGGACUAAAUCUAACAAACCAUUGUACUAUUAACUGAAAUGUAUCUUCUCAGAAUUCCUAUGUGGAACCCCUAACCAGCAUCCCCUCCCCCCAGCCAGAAUCUGAUUAGAAAUAAGGCUUUAAGGAGAGAGAUUAAGGUUAAAUGGGGUCAUAAGUAUAGCGCCCUGAUCCAGUAGAAAUCGUACCCUUGUAAGAAGCCACCAGGGCUCUUUGCCAUGUGAGGACACAGCAGGAAGGCAGCCAUCUGCAGGCCGGAAAGAGAGCUCACGAGAACCCAACCAUGCCAGCACCCUGAUCUUGGACUUCCAGCCUCCAAAACUGAGAAAAUAAAGUUCUGUUAGUUAACCCA